ACUGACUGUGAGUCUUUCAGUCUUUCUCGCCACCGUUGUUCAUGCCGGCUGUUGCGCUGCAGCUGAAGAUGUUUCGUCACGUGUGGAGAUUAAAGGCCACGGUGGUCCUGGUCUGCAGCCCGUUCCUGCUGCUGCCGUUGGCCUUCAGCACCUCGGAGGCAGCCUGUGCUUACGUCAUCUCCCUCAUGGCAGUCUACUGGUGUACUGAGGUGUUGCCGCUGGCGGUGACAGCACUGCUUCCAGCCAUCCUGUUCCCCAUUCUCGGAAUCAUGGAGUCAAAAGACGUGUGCAUGCAAUAUCUGAAAGACACCAACAUGCUGUUUGUGGGCGGAUUGAUGGUGGCUGUGGCCGUGGAGCACUGGAACCUCCACACACGGAUCGCGCUUAGGGUGCUGCUGCUGGUUGGGGUUCGACCCGCUCUAUUGAUGUUGGGAUUCAUGGGCGUGACAGCCUUCCUGUCCAUGUGGAUCAGCAACACGGCCACAACUGCCAUGAUGGUCCCCAUUGUCCAGGCCGUGCUAGACCAGCUCCACGGUCACGUAGACCCUCAGACCUCCUCCAGUGGACAGAGAAAAAGUGCUGUUCUGCAACUGGAACAUCAAGAGAAGCCCAUCAACAUUCUUCAAGUUGCUACUCCAAGCAUUCUGGAAAAUGGUGUGUCCAGCGCAAUGUUGACAUUAGGCAGUGUGGAGAAAGCCAGCAACCUGCCAAACAACAUUCCCCAGCAGAACAUGUUAUCAGGACAGAUGAAAAGUCCAGCUAGUAUGAGUCUCACACCAAGACCACAGGACAAACCUCCAUCAGACAGCACCAACGGUGGACCUGCGGUCGUGUCGGUAGACUGUGGUCUGGCGGAGCUCAGCGACGAGGACGAGGACAAGGAGAAGCUGAAGCUGAGUAAAGGCCUCCUGCUGAGUGUCUGCUACGCGGCCAGCAUCGGAGGCACCGCCACCCUGACCGGAACCGGACCCAACCUGGUUCUCACAGGGCAGAUGAGUCAACUCUUCCCGCAGAACGGAGACGUCAUCAACUUUGCCUCGUGGUUUGCGUUCGCCUUCCCGACCAUGCUGCUCACGCUCACGCUGGCCUGGUUCUGGCUCCAGUUUCUCUACAUCGGCUGCAACCUGCGAAGGACGUGGGGUUGUGGGGCGGCUCAGUCAGAGAAGGAGCGAGCGGCAUAUGAUGUGAUCAAGGAAGAACAUCAACGCCUGGGGCCCAUGAGUUAUGGUGAGAUGAGUGUCUUGGCGCUAUUCAUCCUCAUGGUGGUGCUGUGGUUCACAAGAGACCCACGCUUCAUGGAUGGGUGGGCCACCCACGUCUUCAACACCAAAGCUGAGUGGGUGCUGUGGGUGAAAAUCUGGUAUGUUGGAUGGUCAUCUGGGAUUUGUUCAGGGCGUGUUUUCAGUCAGGAUGUGUUGGAGUCUGUGGUUGAUGAUCAGGCAGAAGAUGUUCCUGAGGUUGCUGUUGACACAGACUGCACGGUCGUUAUUAGGCUCAGACUUGCUAAUGGGGAGGUCACGGCCGGCCCUUUACUCCUGAGACAGGAGGCCAUUAACUUCUACAAUGAUUUGUUUGGGGCCAGAGAGUGUGAUGUAGAUAGUCAGCGACAGAUCCUGGACGGCCUUCCAGAGUUGGAGGAGUCUGAAGCAGCUGCCCUGGAUUUGCCUAUUACUUUGGAGAAGAUGACCACCGCUAUACAGCAGCUCAGCGCUGGGUGGUCCCCGGGGAUUGCUGAUACAAGCCUUUGUAGCGGCAGUGCUGACCAGGCUGGCCAACCUGAGGGCAGAGGAUGGUUGGAAAAGUGCAGCCCAGCUGAGUCAGGAGACUGGGAUCAGCGAGUGAUGGAACGGUUUUUGCGGGAGGUACGGUGCGGGCUCCCGCCACACUUCAGAGAAGCCCUGGAAAUUUACAGACUCCGUCUGCUGGUCCACCCUGUGCCAUUUCCUUCACUGUCUGUGCGGGUUGUAGGAGUGCAGCCAGAGCCAACAGGAAUAUUGUCGUUUUUCACAGUUUUGUUGGACAUGGCUACAGUGGAAAAGAAGAACAUAUACAUGAUGGUCUCCAAAGUCCACAACAGAGCCGAGUUAGCUGUCACUGCAGAGUCCAGGUGGUCGGGUGUGUUGGCCCUGGGGGCGUCUCCCAGAGGCAGCUGGAGGUCCCUGUACUGCCCUCCUAUCAAGAAACGUGCUGAUCUCCAGUGGAGAGUGGUGCCUGGGGCUGUGGCUACGAACAGACAUGUGGCCCACUUUGACCCAGGCUCGACCAGUCAGUGCAACUUCUGCUUGGCAGAGGAGACUCUGGAACACCUGUGGCUGACCUGCCCUCAAUCCCAAGGGUCACGAGGCCCUGCCCCUCCUCUUCUAACCUGGCAGGUGACUCAGAAUAAGAUGCCGUGGAGCAUCGUGCUGCUGCUGGGAGGAGGCUUCGCUCUGGCCAAAGGCAGCGAGGAGUCUGGUUUGUCAAACUGGCUGGGGGAUCAAAUGACGCCACUUCAUUCAAUCCCGUCAUGGGCCAUCGCCGUCAUCCUCUGCCUCCUUAUCGCCACCUUCACAGAGUGUGCCAGCAAUGUUGCCACAGCGACACUCUUCCUGCCCAUCCUGGCCUCCAUGUCACAGUCCAUCAAGCUGAACCCGCUGUACGUGAUGAUCCCCUGUACUCUCAGUGCCUCCUUCGCCUUCAUGCUGCCGGUGGCCACACCCCCAAACGCCAUCGUCUUCUCCUACGGUUACCUUAAAGUGUCCGACAUGGCUAAAACGGGCAUGGUGAUGAACAUCAUCGGGAUCGGCUGCAUCACUCUAGCCAUCAACAGUUGGGGUCGCGUCCUUUUCGCUCUCGACUCAUUUCCUUCGUGGGCAAACGCCACCGCUCCACCAUAACAGCAGAUAUUGUUUCUGAAUCCUGCAACUCGUCACGGUUUCUCACUUUCAUGAACUCCACUCUGCCCCCCACUCCCUCCCCUUACAGCUGAGGCUGAUGGGUAUUGUAGUUUUGCACUGUUUUUCCGC